GUUUGGCACCCCUCUGUGAAAAUAUGCCCAGUGGUAAGGCAAACAAGCCUGGAGAUGUAGUUAGAGCCAAGAAUGGAAAAACAAUACAGGUGGAUAACACAGAUGCAGAAGGAAGACUGCUGUUAGCUGACGCUCUCUGUUAUGCCCACAAUUUUAAUGCAAGAGCUAUUGUGAAUGCUGCAACAUUGACAGGUGCCAUGGAUGUUGCAUUGGGAUCUGCUGCGACUGGAGUGUUCACAAACUCAUCUUGGCUUUGGACUCACCUUUAUGAGGCCAGCAUUUUGACAGGAGAUAGAGUUUGGAGAAUGCCUCUUUUUGAACAUUACACAAAACAAGUGACAGACUGCCCUCUUGCAGAUCUGAGUAACAUUGGCAAGUACAGCAGAGCUGGCGGAGCGUGCACAGCUGCUGCAUUCCUGAAGGAAUUUGUGACUGCCUCUCACUGGGCUCAUUUAGAUAUAGCUGGUGUGAUGUCAAAUAAAGAUGAAGUGCCCUAUCUUCGAAAAGGCAUGGCAGGGCGGCCUACAAGAACGCUCGUAGAGUUUGCGGCUCGAUUAAGUCAGGACAGUCACAAUACUAAAUAAAAUACUUGUUUUGAAAUCAUCCACUCUGCCUUAAG